AAAGGCCCAAUUUGUCCAUAGAUGUCCAAAUUCGACGACCUGCUGAAGCAGCUCGGGACGGGAGUGUGGAACGUGCUCGUGGUCGUCGCCAUGUGCUACUGGAUACCGCAGAUAGCCUGCCAGAACAUGGGAGCCGCUUUCUUGACGCCCGACCUGGCCCACACCUGUAGGCUGCCACCCGACGCGGCCACGGCAGUGAGCAACGACACUAGGUCGCAGUGCAGCUACAACGCCACGACCUCCAGCGGGAGCACCGAGGAACGACCCUGCCUCCAGUGGGACUUCGACAACUCCACUUUCACUAAUACCAUCACGUCCGAGUUCAGCCUGGUGUGCGACCGGAGCUACCUGCGGGCGGCCUACAAGAGCGUGUACUUCCUGGGCGGCUUCUUCGGCGCGAUGCUCAACGGCUGGCUCUCCGACAGAUUUGGUCGCAAAAUAAUGCUAAGUGUAGGAAGUGGGAUUUUCACUCUUACGUCGAACAUCACUAUCGCAUGGCAUUGCCGAGUAUCAACACCUUCCAUGGAGGUGAACGAACCCAAGUACAGGGCGGCCGUUGGCGUCCUCAUCUUCCUUCCGUGGGCCCUCACCGUCAUCGUCCUUGGAGGCUACGGUUACCUCCUGCGGGACUGGCGCUGGUUCGGCGUCACGACCUCCCUGCCCUGCCUGCUCUUCCUCCCGAUGCUCCUGUUUCUGGACGAAUCGCCACGCUGGCUGAUCGUGCGCGGCCGACAUGACGAUGCGCUGCGCAUCCUCCGCAAAGCUGCGCGCUGGAACAAGGCUCAGCUGCCGCCCGAGGAAGAGCUGCGCGCCCUCAUGGACCUCAUCAGGAAGGAGGCACUGACUGCGUCGACGGAAAGCGCUGCGUCCUCCUCGGGGCUUGUCAAAUCCUUAAAGAAUAUAAUGGAAGACGUUAUUGUGCUUGUAAGAACGAGGAGGAUGCGCAGCAUUACGCUGUCGUUCUAUGCCCAGUUCUUCGUGCUGGGAAUGGUCUACUACGGCCUCUCGUUCGGCGCCGACAAGCUGGGCGUGGACCCGUUCGUGUACAUGGCGGUCAGCGGGGUGAUGGAGGUCCCUGGCGGCACGCUGACCAUUCCUCUCGUAGAGAAGAUGGGCAGGAGAGCCUCGAGCACGCUGUUCUUCGUGAUCACCGCCGGCUCGCUCUUGGUGCUCGGCUUCAUCCCAGAUGCCUUGGAGUGGCUGGUGAUUACAAUGGCCAUGCUGGGUCGGUUGGCUAUCUCGGUAGCCUUCCAGGUCGUGUACCUCUAUGCCAGCGAACUCUUCCCGACUGAGGUGCGCGUCCGAGGGCUCGGGACUUGCACGAUGCAAACAACGGUCGGCGCCAUGCUAGCCCCUUUCAUUUUGGAGAUACUGGGCUCCAUCAAGUCAUGGGUGCCCCUGUUUGUGUGCGGCGUGGCAGCCUUCGUGGCCAGCGUGACGACGUUCUGGCUGCCCGAGUCCCGCACGGCGUCCAUGCUGGACACCGUGGCCAGUCUGGAGGCCGCUCACAGCGGGGCCAAGGAAUCAAGGGCUGCUUCGCUGGACCGAGAGAUGGAGAACAAGGAAACUGACGCGCAACAAGCAUAGAAUGUUAUUAUUGUGGCAGGUAUACAUCUCUCAUUCCAUUUACAGAUCACUUCUAAUGCAUAGCGGUAUAUAGUUGGAUAGAUAAUAAUACUUAUACAGAGCUAUACAUAUAUACUUACAUACACAGAAACAUUUAAUUAAGCUUACAU